AUGGUCCACCUAGCAAGUGUCAAGAAAGAGCACGAGGUUCCUAAAUUCGAGCCGAGACAACUUCAGCGCAUCGAAACGCUCGAUCUCAAUGCUCCCGGAGCUGAUGAUUACUCCACCAGCGUCUACGGAACUCGCUAUGCGGCUGAGUCGCUCCCCUCUUUGGAGAUGCCGGAGAGGGAGAUGCCUCGCGAAGUCGCCUACCGCAUGAUCAAGGAUGAUUUGAGUCUGGAUGGGAACCCUAUGCUCAACUACAAUUACUUAUCUAAUGGUCACCAGGAAGACGAAGCGGAGAAGCUCAUGACCGAAGCCUUCAGCAAAAACUUCAUCGACUACGAAGAAUMCCCUCAAUCCGCCGACAUCCAGAACCGAUGCGUCAACAUGAUUGCCCGCCUCUUCAACGCUCCCACUGGCGCCGACAGUGACAACGCCAUGGGAACCUCCACCAUCGGCUCCUCCGAGGCCAUCAUGCUUGCUACCCUCGCCAUGAAGAAGCGCUGGCAAAACAAGCGCAAGGCCGAAGGUAAAGACUGGUCUCGUCCCAACAUCAUCAUGAACAGUGCUGUGCAGGUCUGCUGGGAAAAGGCUGCUCGCUACUUUGAUGUUGAGGAAAAGUACGUUUACUGUACUGAUGAGCGAUAUGUCAUUGAUCCCAAGGAGGCUGUGGACUUGGUUGAUGAGAAUACCAUCGGUAUUUGUGUGAUUUUGGGAACCACCUACACUGGUGAAUAUGAAGAUGCCAAGUCUAUCAAUGACUUGUUGAUUAAGAAGGGCCUUGAUAUCCCUAUUCACAUUGAUGCUGCCAGUGGUGGCUUCGUGGCUCCUUUCGUCAAUCCCAACUUGGAAUGGGAUUUCAGACUGGAGAAGGUUGUCUCAAUCAACGUGUCUGGUCACAAAUACGGUUUGGUCUACCCUGGUGUUGGCUGGGUCGUUUGGCGAUCGCCCGAGUUUCUUCCCCAGGAACUCGUCUUCAACAUCAACUAUCUUGGAGCCGACCAAGCCAGCUUCACCCUCAACUUCUCCAAGGGUGCUUCUCAGGUUAUUGGUCAAUACUACCAGAUGAUCCGUCUCGGUAAGCGAGGAUACCGCUCUAUCAUGCUCAACCUCACCCGCACCGCCGACUACCUUUCCAGCAAGCUCCAAGACCUCGGCUUUAUCAUCAUGAGCCAAGGCCGUGGCCACGGCUUGCCCCUGGUCGCAUUCCGUCUCAACCCUGACCGCGAACACUUCUACGACGAAUUUGCCAUUGCACACCACCUCCGCGAACGCGGCUGGGUUGUCCCUGCUUACACGAUGGCCCCUCAUAGCGAGGGAUUGAAGAUGAUGCGCGUUGUUGUCCGUGAAGACUUCACUCUCCCCCGCGCCGACCUUCUCGUCAACGACAUCAAACUUGCUCUCCAGACUCUUGGCGAGAUGGACAAGGGGAUGAUGGACAAGUACCAGAAACAUGUUAAGGAUCAUGUUGUCAACUCGCACAAGUCUCACCAUAAUCACCCUGCGUAUAAGAAGGAGAAGCACUCCUUGCAGGGCAAGCAUGGCAAGACCCAUGCCGUUUGCUAA